CUCAAGCUAAUGCCACAAAACUGGAAUAAAAUACGGACUUCAAUAACACCUAGAACACUGCAGGAUAAUUGAAGACAACCCUUCAGGCACUGGUUUCUGAUGCAUAAUUGAUGUGGAUGAAAGACCAGGAUGUUAAGCAACUCGAGUUUUAAUCUUUGCAAGAAUAUCAAGACCUAGACAGUUUUGUAUUUCGCACAUUUUGGAUCUCUAGAAAUUUUCAACAUGUGCUAUGUGAGUGGAAUGAAAGAUGAUCUUUGCCCUGCACAGGGUGUAGAAGAUACCCCUAUUCCUACCACAGUAGGCUCCUGCUUUCGUUAUAUUAACAUGUCUGCUGCAAUAGAAGGAAAAAAACCCAUUACCUCUUUAUGGUUUUCCACAGUUUUUUCAAUCAUCGGUCUCUGCUCCAACCUUUUUGCGUUCUGCGUCUUGGUAAAUGCAUCCAGGAAGAACCAAAGUCGAUCUCGUUCUUCAUUUCUUAUUCUCCUUUGUGGAUUAGUGGUCACAGACUUCAUGGGGCUGCUGGUUACCGGGAUUAUUGUUGUGACCUAUCAUGUUACCCAGUUUGACUGGCAAGUGUUUGAUCAAAACUGUUACCUCUGCAAUUUCUUUGGACUGUCAAUGGUCUUUUAUGGACAGUGUCCUUUAAUUCUUGGUGCUGCCAUGGCUUUAGAACGUUUCUUUGGUAUAAACAAGCCAUUUUCACGUUCAGCUACUGUGUCCAAAAAGAGAGCUUGCGGUAUUGUGCUUAUGGUCUGGUGCUUUGCUUUCUUUCUAGGAUUACUUCCUAUAAUGGGUGUUGGGAAAUAUAGCCUUCAAUAUCCAAAAUCAUGGUGUUUUCUGACUUUGCUACAAGACUCCAAGAACAAAUCAUUUGGAUUGAUAUUUUCAUUUAUUGGAAUCUUCUCCGUCAGUCUCUCUUUCAUCUUGAAUACCAUCAGUGUUGUAACCCUCUGCAGGGUUUACCAUGAUCGUGAGUGUGUACAAAGACGUAGAGACAGUGAAGUGGAAAUGAUGGUCCAAUUGGUGGGAAUCAUGAUAAUUGCCAGUCUUUGCUGGCUUCCUUUACUGAUUUUUAUAGCACAGGCAGUUCUACAACAUCCAAACGGUGAACUGUUAGAAGAUGAAAUCCCGAGAAAUACAGAGAAACUCCUGUUAAUCUACUUACGAAUAGCAACAUGGAAUCAGAUUCUGGAUCCCUGGGUUUACAUUCUAUUCAGAAGAGCUGUGUUAAAAAGAGUUUAUCCUAGUUUAAAAUCUCGACCAUCGAUUGUAUCCCUAUACCCAACCCUCACUGCUUCUUUACGAAGAAAAUAUACACAGGAAUCGGUGAUUCAUUAAAAAAAGCUGUCACUUCCCUCAGUGAACUAAUGAAAAUGUGAGAUGGAAUGUUUUUAUUUGGAAUUGCGUACAUUAUCAAAACUAUUACUUUAAAUAUAUACCAAGAAUAAUACCAUGAAAUUUAUUAAGUUGUUUCUUGAUAAUUUAUGCAUGAUACAUUUUGACGCAAAGGCAGCCUUAGCUGGAAGAAACUGGGAUCAUUUUCUGAGGUGCAAUAAAGCCUAGACAUCAUA